CAUUCGCGGGUAAUUGUUCGGCCGAGAGCAACAGGAUCAAGGUAUGGUUUCAAUGAAGCGCAUGAUCAUUCUGAUUGUGAUGUUGGGGAUCGUAAACGAGGCGUUCUGUACGAUCGAGGACUCGGAGAAGAAUCUUCUGGGCUUGAACAUUCCGUAUGGCAGAGGACUGGACGGGGAACUGCAGUUGGCUAGACUUCUGCUGUUACCGCAACGACUUUACCAUCCUAAACGCAAUUCCGAGCUCAUCAACUCACUGUUAGGCCUACCGAAAAAUAUGAACAACGCUGGAAAAUAAAAAUUCUCAGAUGAACCAUAUCGGAAACGGCAAUUUACGAUCAUAAUAGCAUUAGAUAUAGUUCAUGAAAAUCAAUCUCAACGGAACUACACUUUCUU